AUGCGCCUGGUGCUAGCAGGGGGGCCUGCUGGCGUUGCGACGCACGGACGCAUGAACCGCGGCCCCCAAAAUCUCCUGCUGCUGGCCUUCGCGCCGCUCGUCUUCUUAGCGAGCGGGUGCUCGCUGGUGCUGCCUGAAAUCUCGCACCAGCCGGUUGUCCACAACCCGUUCCCGCAGCUCAGCCGCGUGGCGGUGGUGCCGUUCUUCAAUCAGAGCACCGAGCCGACGGUCGACGGCCGGCAGUUCGCCGAAGCCUACUACGCCGAGCUGCAGGGCAUCCCCGGCUUCGAGGUCGUCCCGGUCGCGGCGGUCGAAGCGGCGAUGCGCCAGCACAACGUCACGUUCGACCCGCCCGAGAACGCGGUGAACCAGGCGCGUUGGCUCGCGCAAAAGCUCGGCGUCGAUGCGGUCGUGAUCGGCACGGUGACCGACUACUCGCCUUACUACCCGCCGCGGUGCGGCGUGCGUGUCGAGUGGUACGCCGCCAACGCCGGCUUCCACGAAAUCCCCGCGGGCUACGGCCUGCCGUGGGGCACGGCGCAAGAAGAGUUCAUCCCCGAUCGACUCGUGUUCGAGGCGGAGAUGGCGCUGGCGCGGGCGCAGCUCGAAACGCAAUCGCCGAUGGUAGCGCCAGCAACCGAUGGGGCGCCGUCAGCGCCGGUUAUCAAGCCGGUCGAUCCGAACACGAUCCCACCGAUGGACCCGUUCGAUGAAGACGACGCCUCGGAGGUCGAGAUCGAAGAAGCCGAACCACUGCCGGUUCCUCGGGGCGAACGAGGCGUUGACGCCGGCGCAGGUCAGCCGCUGCAGAACGCUGCCUACGAGGCGCCAGCGGGCGGCGCAACCGCGUCAGGCGCUGCGAGCGGCGCCUCCGUUGCGAGUGAUUCGUUCGUCAUGACGCCACCGAAUUGGCCCGACGCGCGCGGUUUCACGCCGCCGGGGCCGUCGCCCGUGCGGCCUGUCGCCACCGCGAACCCCGGUCCGGUUAUGACGCACACGCGGGUCUUCCGGGGCAACGACCCCGAGUUUACUACCGCGCUUGCCAGUUAUGUCGAUUUCAGGGACGACGCGCGCUUCGGGGGCUGGCAGUCCUAUCUCACGCGCAGCGAGGACUUCAUCCGCUUCUGCUGCCACCAACACUUGGUGGAAAUGCUCUCGGCGCGCGGCGGCGGUGAUGAAACGCGAGUGGUGCGUCGUUGGCGACCCGCCGUGAAUGAUGACGUCAAUGUACUGGCCCUCGUGAAGGGCAAGGAACGUUACCUGUUCCUCUACAGCGAUUCGCAGCAGGCCGAGGCGCUCCGCGCCUUGGGCCGGCAAGCGUCGAACCCCGAGCUGAGCUUCACGUGGUACGACGCCGCGGUCCUCAGCCGACGGAUCCGCAACGAAGCGAAGAAGCACAUUGCUAUCAACGACCGCAUUGCACGCCGCGCGGCGUUGCCGAAUGGCGAGCUUUGA